ACCUUUCGUUGAGAUUGUGUUCUUCCAGAAGAGUCUCACAGAAAGCCGAACACAACAGGUCCUAUGGCUUCUAGGAAUCUGCCCAUCUUACUGUUCUUCUUCUUCACCUUGUUUUCCAUGGUGUUGGGGCAAGAGGGGGUGGGGGAUUUGGGGAAGUAUCCGGUGGUUGUGAGCACGUGGCCGUUUGUCGAGGCUGUGAGAGCUGCUUGGAGGGCUGUGGAUAAAGGGUUUUCUGCGGUUGAUGCGGUGGUGGAGGGUUGUUCUGCUUGUGAGGAAUUGAGGUGUGAUGGUACAGUGGGUCCUGGUGGAAGUCCAGAUGAGAAUGGAGAAACCACAAUUGAUGCUUUGCUCAUGAAUGGGGUCACAAUGGAGGUGGGAGCUGUAGCUGCCAUGAGGUUCGUAAAAGAUGGCAUGAAAGCUGCAAGAUUGGUAAUGGAACAUACUAAACACACAUUGCUUGUUGGGGAGAAAGCCUCUGUCUUUGCCAUCUCAAUGGGCCUCCCAGGACCAAACAACCUUAGUUCAUCAGAGUCUUUAGAGAAAUGGACUAAAUGGAAAGAGAAUCACUGUCAGCCUAAUUUUAGGAAAAAUGUUAAACCUGUUGAUGGUUGUGGUCCUUACAAGCCGGAGGAUUGCUCAGGCCAUAAUGAGGAGGCAUUUUCGGGAGCUAAUGUGACAGAGUUUCUUCAAUCUAGAUCGUGUCUUGUUGGUCCUCACAACCAUGAUACUAUAUCAAUGGCAGUUAUUGAUAAAAUGGGGCAUGUUGCUGUUGGUACAUCAACCAAUGGAGCCACUUUUAAGAUACCUGGAAGGGUGGGUGAUGGACCAAUUGCAGGAUCUUCAGCAUAUGCUGAUGCUGAAGUUGGUGCAUGUGGUGCAACUGGGGAUGGUGACAUCAUGAUGCGCUUUCUUCCCUGUUAUCAAGUUGUGGAAAGCAUGAGACAAGGGAUGGAACCUAAGCUUGCUGCUAAGGAUGCAAUAGCACGAAUUGCCAGAAAAUUCCCAGAUUUUGUUGGAGCUGUUUUUGCCAUAAAUAAGGACGGGGUGCAUGCUGGUGCUUGUCAUGGAUGGACAUUUCAAUACUCAGUGAGAAGCCCUGAAAUGGAUGAUGUGAAGGUCUUCACUGUGCAUCCCUGAAACUGCAACUGCCUGCAAAUGGAAUGACUUAGUCUUCAUGGGAUUCGGAUACACUUAUUGUUGCAAAGAAUAUUGCCUAGAGAUUUCAAUCAUCUUCUUAUACAUGAUUGUCUCGAAAUACAUGCAAUUGCUUAGUUUUGAUAUUGAUUAAUGUACGAUUACAAUAGAAUCGUUAACAUUUU